AUGAGCACUAUGGAUAAAUUCGACGUCGCAGUUGUUGGGCAGGGUGUCCUUGGAAGUGCCGCGGCAUACUACGCCGCUCGAAAAGGCACCAAAGUCGUUGCGUUUGAACAGUUCGAAUUUGGCCAUGUUCGCGGUGCCUCCCACGAUACAUCGCGGAUUGUUAGAACUUCCAACCACGCCCCCGAGUAUGUCUCCCUCGCCAAAUCUGCAUAUGAGGACUGGGCCGACGUGGAGAAGGCAUGCGGUCAAGAACUAUUGACCAUAACGGGUGGCGUUGUUUUUUUUACCGAAGAUUCACCCCAAACGGCCAGUGACUUCACAGGAAGCUUGGAAGCUCAUGGCGUUCCUUACGAGCUUCUCAACGCCGAAGAAGUCAAGAGACGUUGGCCACAAUUCGAGAUUCCGGAUUCAGUCCAGACAGUGUACACGCCUGACACGGGAAUCGCUCAUGCUGCGAAAUCAGUCAGCGCUUUUCAAUAUCUGGCUCGGUCGCAUGGGGGUACAUUGAAAGACAACACAAGGGUGGUCCGCAUUACUCCAACUCCCACCGGAUCUAUCAUAGAUACAUCAAAGGGCUCCUUCAACGCGACCAAGGUGAUCUUGGCUACGGACGCAUGGGCAAAUGAACUUCUUGGGCCUCUCGGCGUCCAUAUCCCGCUCUCUGUCAUGCAGGAACAAGUGACAUAUUUCAAGCCCUCUGAUGCUGCUCUCUUCGAAGCCGAUCACUUCCCCGUGUGGAUUUGGAAAGGAGACAAGUCCUUCUACGGCUUCCCUUGCUACGGUGAGCCGACUAUCAAGGCCGGACGGGAUACCUCAAACAACUUCAUGACGCCAGCGCAGCGAACAUACGUGCACUCGCCUGAGCUCUUUGAUCAAUUAACCACGUUCAUGAAGGGGUUUGUUCCUGAUGAACAUCGUCAACCACUCCGCACUAUCACAUGUCAGUACACCAUCACGCCCGAUCGGCAAUUCAUUAUCAGUCCUUUGAAGCGGCAUCCUGAUGUUAUACUGGGACUGGGUGCUGCUCAUGCCUUUAAGUUUGCCCCGGCUUUUGGCCGUGUGCUGGCGGAGUUGGCAAUUGAUGGCAAGACCAACGAAGAUAUUUCGAAGUUUGGUAUUCCAAAAGUGGUCAUUGAUACUAGCAAGAUCUGA